AUGGCUGCAGACAUCGGCAAGAUCGAGGCGGGGAAGUUGUUCAACGUGAAUGGCCUCGUUGCUGUGAUCACUGGAGGCGGAUCCGGCCUGGGUCGAAUGAUGGCGAGGGCACUCGCUGCCAAUGGCGCCGCGAAGGUCUUUAUUAUCGGCCGCCGUGAAGCAUCGUUGAAGGAAACAGCGGACUCCGUUCCUGGGGGCAUUAUCAUCCCCCUGGUCGGCGAUGUCAUGUCGAAGCCUUCGCUACAACAAUGUGUCGACAAAGUCAAAGCCGAGGUCGACGCUAUUGAUGUCCUCGUGGCCAACUCGGGAAUAUCAGGACCUUCCGUGAAGACCGUCGACUCAAAUAGACAACCGAUUGGCAUUGACCAGGUGAUCCAGAAUAUGUGGGCUCCUGAACACGAGGAUGUCAACUCGACAUACGGGGUCAACGUCACCGGCGUCCACUUUACCAUCGCUGCCUUCCUACCACUUCUCGACGCCGCGAACAAGAAGCGGCCACAACCACCGACGGAAGAAAACUUCAAGCCGCGGCCACAGAUCAUCACCACAAGCUCCAUUGGAGGAUAUGGUCGUUAUCCUUUGGGAAAUCUCUCUUAUGGGCCUAGUAAGGCAGCCGUCAGACACAUGAGCAAGCAACUCUCCACCGUUCUUGUUAGCUACGACAUCAGAGUCAAUGUCAUCGCGCCGGGACUCUAUCUUUCAGAAAUGACCGAAGACAUGUACAAGUCGCUGGGCAGUUUCGAAAGUCACAAUGUCGAGGGCACCUUCCCGAAGGAAAUGAUUCCUGCCACGAGAAGCGGAGACGAGCAGGACAUGGCCGGUGUCAUUCUUUGGCUUUGCAGUCGUGCUGGGGCUUACAUCAACGGAUGUACGGUGGUGACGGAUGGUGGACGACUUGGUAUUUUACCAUCCUCGUAUUGA